CGCCAUGAAGAAGUUCUUCCAGGAUCUCAAAGCGGACCUGCAGUUCCGGGGAGCCGGGCAGGGCCAGAAGCUGACCGAGUCGUCCCGGGAAAGAGCCCCCAAAGAGAAACCCAAAGCUGCAGACUUCCCCAAGCCUCGACAGGGCCCCACCAAUGAAGCCCAGAUGGCAGCAGCCGCAGCCUUGGCCCGACUGGAGCAGAAGCCCAAGCCCCGGGCACCAUCGUCUCAGGAUGCAAUCAGGAAUCAGGUGAAAAAGGAGCUAAUGAACGAAGCCGCUGCAAGCGACAAGGAAGCGCCUUUGGAUCAAAAGAAUUCCUUGCCUGCUGUUGAGGAAGACCCCGCCACCCUCUCGGUCUCGGGUGUCUACUUCAUCUGCCCGUUAACGGGGGCCUCUGUUCGGAAAGACAAAAAGGAGGCCCACAUCCGCCAAGCCAUUGAGGAGCACGCUUCCCGAGACCCUGUGGGUGCCUCCAUCAUGGAGAUCCACACUUUGAAUCGGGAUCGGGAGAAGGUCAUGCUCGGGGUGGAGACCAUCACCAAGUACCUUGAUAACAUCCACCUCCAUCCCGAGGAGGAGAAGUAUCAGAAGAUCAAACUUCAGAACAAAGUGUUUCAGGAAAGAAUCCGCCCUCUGGAGGGGGCAGACAAGUUUUUCCAGGCUGUUGGAUUUGAAAAGAUGACCUUGGAUGUUCCGGGACAGGAGGAUCAGGAGGACUUCUACGUGCUGAAGGCGGAAGCCCUGGUGAGGCUGGACGACCUUGCAACGCACAAGGAGAAGCUGCUGAGUUCGGAGCCGGUGAGGCUCCAGCUGGAUCGGCAGCUCCGGGUUUUCAAACCGUCCCCUCGGGCCUCCCACUUCGAGCUGCCAAGCGACUUCUUCAACCUCACUCCCGAGGAGCUGAUGCGGGAAAGGCGACUCAGGGCAGAAGCCGUUGAGAAGGCCUCCAUGCUGAGAACGAAGGCCAUGCGGGAGAAAGAAGGGCAGAGAGAGAUGAAGAAAUACAACUACACGCUGCUGCGGGUCCGGUUCCCCGAUGGGCACAUCCUGCAAGGGACGUUCUUUGCCCGGGAGCCCAUCUCGGCCCUUUACCAGUUUGUGCAGGAGGCUCUCCAGGUCGACUGGCUGCCCUUCGAGCUGCUGGCCCCCGGCGCCCAGAAACUGCCAGACAAGAACAUGGCUUUCAACGAGUGUGGGCUGGUGCCCUCUGCGCUUCUGACUUUCACGGGGGACGAAGACAUCUUGGCUGACAUAAAAGAGCAGAUCGGCUGCGUGCUAAAACCAGACCUCCUCUCGGACGUGCAGAUUCUGUCCUGA